UGGCAUAUUUAGUCAUAAUAAGUAAUAUGCCGAAAUGGCUAUGAUUGUCAUAAUAAAUUGUUAAUAAAAUAAUUUCCCAAAAUGUCGCAAACUUUCUUAUUGGAGCCGGAUUUAAUAGCGGCAACCGAAAAUGUUAUGCCAGAUCUUAAUAACGAUUUGGUCUUAGCUAAAAAUUUCUUAAAACAGCAAAGUGCUGCUACUGGAGAUACUUUAUAUGACCACUUAGUAGACGUAAUUCACAAGAUCAUAACACAGAAACCGCCUGAUGUGGUGGACAAUCUGGAGCAGUAUUCCUGGCAGGUGAAACAGGAGAAGUUCCGACCCAACUUCGACCUGUUGAACGAUGUCUAUUUAUCUCCACCACAGCUCUCCAACGUCAGGGUGAUGGAUGAAAUGAUAUCUCUAAUAGAAAGCAAAUACGGCAAGUUGGAGAACCUAGGAGAAGAAGAGCAGGAGUUAGACUUGGAGGAGGAAUCCAUCAAACCCAGAAUAGCUGACCUAUUGGACCACAACUACUAUUUUAAACAAGCUGGAUACGGUCUACCUGAUAACGAAUGUUAUGCUGUUUACUUAGCACUAAAUAUGCUGGGAAUUAAAGAGCCUGUUGCGACCGUUCGGUUUUUUGGCAAGAUAUUCGGCACAAAAGCGAAUUACUACAUAGCAGAAACAGACCUGACCAUAGAAGAACUAGAUCGAAGGAUUAGGGAGUUUGACAUGAAAGAUAUGCCUGGCGAGGGUGAGGGCGAGGGAGAAGGCCGCGCCCCUGAAGCUGAAGAGCACGAAACGAUGCCAGAAGGCGAGGGUAAGGAGGAGAAGCCGAAGGAGCCGCAGCCGCCGAAGCUGCCCCCUGUGCCUGAGUCCACGUGGCAGCCCCCCGUGCCCAUCCCCGUAGAGCGACCAGGGCAGGGCGCCAACAAAAAAGUGUACUGGGUGUGCAACCAGCCGGGCGACCCCUGGGUCUGCUUGCCGGACGUGACGCCGGACCAGAUCCGUGUGGCCCGGCUCACCGUGCGCGCCAUGACUGGUGACCUGGAUGCCGAGGUGCUCGUAUUCCCGCCAUUCGACGGCUGUGAGAAGAACUACCUGCGCGCGCAGAUCGCCCGCAUCCAAGCCUCUACGUCGAUAUCGCCGCAGGGCUUCUACACCUUCGGCUCUGGGGAAGAAGAAGAAGACAUCGACAUGGAAGAAGGAGCUGGUGACAUGGCCUUCAAUCCCAAUCCGUUCUACCAGGGCCACAUCCUGAAGGACCUAGUGGACAGCAACUUUACGUACUGGGUGCACCACGGCCGAUACCUCCUCAAGCAGGGUCGCACUAUUUGGUGGAACCCCAACGCUGGGAUGGACGAAGGCCUGGAAGAAGAAGAAGAUGAAGGUCCUCCUCCAAUAGAGCCUGAAUCGGGACCAUCUCUCUUCACCCCGCUGUCGGAAGACGGCCGGGUGGAGGGUAUGCCGGGGUGGACUGCCCGCAGCAGCUCCAGCCUCCUGCCGGAGAAGGCACUGGCUAUCUUGAGGAGCAACGUCUGGCCCGGGGCUGUAGCCUACGCCAACACUGGCAAGAAAUCGGAGUGCAUGUAUGUCGGGUGGGGCCUCAAGUUCCAACCCCCCAACUUCUCCCCCCUCCAGUUGCCGCGUCCCCAGGACGAGUACAUCGUGGGCCCGGAGGUCAUGGAGAUGGCCGACCCCACCUUCGCUGAUGAGGAGGCGUACCGUAUCGCGCAUCUGCCGCCCCCGCCGCCGCCGCCGAUGAUGGGAGAAGGAGAGGGCUACGGCGAGGAACAGGAGGAAGAGGAUGAAUGAUAUUAUUAAUAGAUUCUAGUAUAUUCUUGUCUGUUAUUAUAAUGUUUUUUAGAAACGUUGUUUUAUUGAAAUUAAAUGAUUUAUUUACUUGAAACACGGUAUAGGAUGUAACAGACAAUAUAAGGACCAAACAUGUCUCGCCAUCGAGAUGGCGUGUAAAUUUAAUUAUUAAUGCCUAAUUAUAUUCCAG